UGCAACAUCUAAUCGUCUGUCAAAUGAAAAUGGGUGCGUUUAAUACCUGUUUUAAAUAUUUCCCUUAUGUAUAUAGGGCAGGGUUGUCUACGAAUGAAAAAAAAAAUCCUCUGACCUGAUAACAUUUUCCACGCAUAGAUUUUCCAUUUAUUAGAACAGUUUCUUCAUUGACAUUUCGUUGGUGGAAAAACAUCAAUAUGUUUUAAUCCAUAUCAUUGUACAGCAUUCAGUUUUCGCAAAUAAAUUUCGUUCGUCUAAAUAAAUUUUUCAUUUUAAUUUUAUUUAUUUCGAAUCGCAUCGAGCGUUAGCAAACUCGAUUUAAAUGACUGAUUUUAGUGAAGGUGAAGAUGAAGUGUUUAUUCGUUAUGAAGGUGAUAAAAAGAUAAAUAACAGUAGUGGAGACGAUGAUUUCGACGAUGAAGAAGAAAUAGACGUAGCAGCUGGCAGACGAUGGGAUCCACUUGGCGAAGAAAAAGAUAACGAUGAAACCGUUGUCGACCAAACGUCACGUCAUGAAAAUGUUGAUGGUAAUAAUUCACAAAUCAAGCAGUUGGAGACUGAACAAGAGCUGCUGUCUACGUCAUUGCAAGCAUUGACGUCACAUUUUGCUCAAGUGCAAUUUCGAUUGCGUCAAAUUGUUGAGUCUCCGGCUAUUGAUCGUGAUUCGUUGCUUCAAAGUCUCGAAGAAUUUGCAUUUCGCGGUAUUCCCGAGGUGAUGCGAUUGAAUCCACGCGAACAUGAAAAUCUCUACAAAAUAAUGGAACGACAACAGAAUCGCCAAUUUGAGUUAAUCGAACAUUUGAAACAACAGUUAUCCGAUGCAGAAAAUUUUGCCUAUGAAUCUGGUGCGGACAUAUUGCCACAGUCCAUUGUAGUUGAGAAACAAAAGGCCAUAAUAAAUGAAUUGAAAACAAAACUCAAGUUGAAAGUGGACGAGAAAUUCUUACCCACAUUAACUGAAGAUGAUAUUCGUGCUCAGGUUGACAGUGCAAUCGGUGAAUUUGUGACACCAUUGAAAAUGCAAGACACACUCGUCAGCCAAUUGAAAACACAAAUUGUCGAUUUGGAACGAUUCGUGGCGUAUUUACAAACUGAACAAGAAAUGACCCCGGAAAUGAAAGCGGCCAUUAAAAAUAGUAAAAAUCCAGAAAUUGGAUUCCAAACAUACAAUUCGAAAACGGCACGCAGCAGAAAACAAUCACAAUCGGAUGGUGGAAGCAAAGGACAGAAAUCGAAUGCACCAGGAACUAGUAGGAGUGAUUACAGUUCCGGCGACCAUGAUCUCUCUGGAAAAGUGUCCAAUUUAUUGGUCAAGGCAUCGGCUAUUUUAGAUAUGUUUGCAUUAACCCAACUCGGCUGCGGUAGUCAACGAAUUCAACGGAAUAGUUUGAAGAAAACAGCAAAGGGCAAUCAUUGGGGCGAUCUACGAGCUCAGCUUGAAGUCGAUGUACAAGAAAUCAUAUCGAUGGUGGCAUCCAUUGAAAAAUUACAGAAAGAGAACACAGCGAUUCAAGAGUGUGAUAGUAGCGAUACUGAUGAUUAUCAAGACGACCACACUUCAAAUAAUUUAAAAGCAAAGCGAAAACUUAGCCAGGCGGACAAAGAGUACAUUGCAUCGAUGCAAGUGGAAAUAACAGCAUUGGUUCGAAAACAGUUUGCAAUCACACUACAGGGACUAAUGCAACAUGGCCUCCGUGAUAAUAGUAAAACGUCGACAAGUUUGGUUCCGUUCAUUGGAUGCAUGUUGCCGUUACAACAACCAACACCCCAUAGACGAGUUGAUGAAACCGAAGAACGUCCAAAUCAACAGAUGCACGUGUGGGAGCUCAUUUUAGAAUAUUAUCAUAUCAAAAAUGGCGAUCAAUUCAACGAUACACCGGCUCGAAAAUUAUCCGAAUCGUUCAAUUUAGAUAUCAUGGGACUUGGGUCACAAUCCUCUUCCAAUAAACAUACGCUGCUCACGGUCAUCGGUUCUAUCAUCGCUCUACAUGCGCCAUACAAACGAAGCUAUAAUUCACAUUUCAAAGCAUUCAUUUCGGCUGCAUUGAAUGCGCGAAAGCUAACACAUUGGUUGAAUUUGAUCUAUCAGAGUCCAGAUCUCAUCGAACAAUACUACACCGACUGGAGCUAUGUGGCUCACACUGGGUUUCGCGACGCAUUACGAACCAUUGACCGACUAUCUCACCAUGAUUUCGAUUUGCCCGUUGAUUUAGCUGUACGACAAUUUCAAAAUAUCAAAGAUAUUUUUUAAUCGAUGGUGUUUUAAUGUAAACUUAUUCCAGAAAACAAAUCAAUUUAAUCUCAAUUUAAGUACUUAAUUUUCAUUCAAAGAAAUGAGAUCUCAUCAUUCGAAAAUUCCAAUUAUUUCCAUUAUUUAAGACGUAAAAUACGAAUCAUUCAAAACUCACCUGAACACAGGCGAUUUAAUCGAACUCUCUGUAUUUAAAUACGGGUUUUAUUUUUUGUGUGAUGACAUAUUUAUUUAUUUUAUUUAUUCAAUCGUUUCACAAUUUCUCAACAUUUUUCUUUUUCUUUUUUAGAGAAAUUAUCUUUAUUUACAUAAUAGUAUCUCUUAUCAUGCCAUUGCAAUUGUUACUAUUUAAAAAAAACUAUUCUAGUCUACCGAGUUACUUGAUUUGAAAUUUUUAAA